GCUAACCCUAGAUCGUGAUGCUGGAAAGAAAACCCAGAUAGCACACACCCAAACCGGCAACAAUGAAGACGGGGCUGGAGAGGAUCCGAGAGAGGAAGGGAAAUCGGCAACGAUGAAGACGAUCUCGCUGUAGUGGCCGGCGAUUGAUGCAUGUCUGUAUGUUCUCCAGAUCUCUCGCUGCUCCAGACCUACUUCGGACCUCUCAAUCUCUCGCUAUCAUCAUUGAGUCUCGCCUUCGUGCUCCAGCAAUCAUCUAUGAUUUAUUCAUCAGAUGGACUCUCCUCCUCACCUGCCACCAUACAAUCUGAAAUCGAUUUGCUUACCAUCAUUCUCAGCAGAUUACCUUCAAGGCCACCAUCGAGAUCGAGAGCCGCCUACGCUUCCUUUGUCGCAUCUGCCGCCGUCGCUUGCGCCAGUUGAGUUUCCAGAAUUGCCUCUCCUUUAUGUAUUUAUGGGAAUCGGCGGAAUGCAGAGUAUCCCGCUCCUUUUUUGGAUCGAUUAGGAGUUGUUGCUAUUGGAUUAGUAUUCCACUUGGUGUGGAUAUAUGAAUCGAAAUCGACUUCAAAGCUAGAUGUGUGUUGUUCGGAAUCUGGGGAAUGGACGAUAGCUACCCAACUUUGCAGUGCCGCUAAAUGAGAAAGUGUAUUAGAGGAACAAGGCAAGCCAAAUUAUUGGGUGGAAUCGUUUCUCACUAGAAGUAGAAGAUGAUGAAAUCCUUCAUGCUACAGACAAAUAAUAUUUUUUAUUGUUA